AUGGCCGCGACCGAGUCCACCACUGGCACCUCUUCAUCUGCCAGUGAGAGCAGCCAUACAAUGUCUGUCGAACCCACCACGGGCACCUCUUCCUCUGUCAGUGAGAGCAGCCGUACAACCUCGGUCAAACCCACCACGGGCAUCUCCUCCUCUCCCAGCGAGAGCAGCCACACGACGUCAGCCGUGUUCACCACGGGCACCACCUCUUCUGCCAGCAAGAGUAGCCAGACGACCGUGGCUGAGACCACAACAGGAACCUCCUCCUCUGCAAGCAAGACAAGCCACACGACCUCAGCUGAGAGCUCCACGGGCACCUCCUCUUCUCACACCGAGAGCAUCUCCGCGACCUCGGCCAAGCCCAACACUGGCACCUCCUCCUCGCCCAGCGAGAGCAGCCCCACGACCUCAGCCAAGCCCAACACUGGCACCUCCUCCUCUCACAGCGAGAGCAGCCACACGACCUCAGUCGAACCUGCCACAGGCACGUCCUCGUCGCCCAAGCAGAGUACCCACAUGACCGCGACCGAGUCUACCACUAGCACCUCUUCAUCUGCCAGUGAGAGCAGCCGAACAACCUCGGUCGAACCCACCACUGGCACCUCUUCCUCUCCCAGCGAGAGCAGCCACACGACCGUGGCUGAGACCACAACAGUAACCUCCUCCUCUGCAAGCAAGACAAGCCACACGACCUCAGCCGAGAGCUCCACGGGCACCUCCUCUUCUCACACCGAGAGCAUCUCCGCGACCUCUGCCAAGCCCAACACUGGCACCUCCUCCUCUCACAGCGAGAGGAGCCACACGACCUCGGUCGAACCCGCCACAGGCACGUCCUCGUCGCCCAAGCAGAGUACCCACAUGACCGCGACCGAGUCCACCACUGGCACCUCUUCAUCUCCCAGCGAGAGCAGCCUCACGACCUCAGCCGUGUUCACCACGGGCACCACCUCUUCUCCCAGCAAGAGCAGCCACACGACCGUGGCUGAGACCACAACAGGAACCUCCUCCUCUGCAAGCAAGACAAGCCACACGACCUCAGCCGAGAGCUCCACGGGCACCUCCUCUUUUCUCACCGAGAGCAUCUCCGUGACCUCGGCCGAGCCCAACACUGGCACCUCCUCCUCUCACAGUGAGAGCAGACACACGACCGUGGCUGAGACUACAGCAGGAACCUCCUCCUCUCCAAGCAAGACAAGACACACGACCUCGGCCGAGACCAUGACAGGUACCUCUUUCUCUCCCAGCGAGAGCAGCCACACGACCUCAGCCGUGUUCACCACGGGCACCACCUCUUCUGCCAGCAAGAGCAGCCACACGACCGUGGCUGAGACCACAACAGGAACCUCCUCCUCUGCAAGCAAGACAAGCCACACGACCUCAGCCGAGAGCUCCACGGGCACCUCCUCUUCUCACACCGAGAGCAUCUCCGCGACCUCGGCCGAGCCCAACACUGGCACCUCCUCCUCUCACAGUGAGAGCAGACACACGACCGUG